AUGGCCGAAACAAAAUCAGCUAUGAGGAAACCAGUUUUCACCAAGAUUGAUCAGCUAAGGCUCGGCACCAAUGGACACAAUAUAGUAGUGAAAGUUGUCACUUUAGAUAUGGUAUUGCAGAAGGGCCGCCUAGAUCAUAAUCAACUUAUUCUCUCUAAAGCUAUGGUGGUUUCCAUUGAAGUCCAAUUGUUCGACGGGCUCAAUUUCAAUGGUUGCAUGGAAAGUAUGGCCGAAACAAAAUCAGCUAUGAGGAAACCAGUUUUCACCAAGAUUGAUCAGCUAAGGCUCGGCACCAAUGGACACAAUAUAGUAGUGAAAGUUGUCACUUUAGAUAUGGUAUUGCAGAAGGGCCGCCUAGAUCAUAAUCAACUUAUUCUCUCUAAAGCUAUGGUGGUUUCCAUUGAAGUCCAAUUGUUCGACGGGCUCAAUUUCAAUGAUGUGAAUAUGGAUUUGGUGGAGUGCAAGAGAGGAGCUUGGUCUGCAAGACGUUUUGCAUCAGUUUUAGAAACAGUUUGA